AUGCCGGAGCAGUUUAGGGACAUGCCCUACCAACCAUUUAGUAAAGGCGACCGUCUUGGAAAAAUAAGUGAUUGGACUGUUGUACAAGAUAAAAAGUAUCAAAAUAAAUAUGCUUCACAAUUUGGACCCGGUUCUUCUUAUGCAUACUUUCACGAUGAGGACGAGAGUACUUUCCAUCUGGUGGACACCACCAGGGUUCAGAAACCGCCGUACCAACGCGGUCGUGCUCGAGGACAACGAGGACGUGGUGCAAGAGGCGCUCGAACUCCUGGUGGCAUGACAACAUUAAGCAAGCAACGAGACCGUAAACUAGGCAAGAGAUGGGGUCAACGUGGAGCUCCAAUGAAGAUACGUGAUGCAUCAGUGACUGUUAGACCCACUUGGGUCACUAUUGAAGAUAUGGAUUUCCCUCGACUUGCUAAGCUUUCGUUGCCAGGAAUCAAAGAAGGUGAGGAUGUUGUAUGCUGUGGUACUUUGGAGUACUAUGAUAAAGGGUAUGAUCGUGUUAAUGUCAAACAUGAAAAGCCUUUACAGCGUAUUGAUCGUAUCUUCCACACGGUAACAACUACUGAUGACCCUGUAAUCCGUCGUCUCAGUAAGACUAUGGGCACUGUCUAUGCUACAGAUGCUAUCUUGGCGACUAUUAUGUGCUGUACUCGUUCCAAUUACUCUUGGGAUAUUGUCAUUGAGAAAAUUGGCGAUAAGUUGUUCUUGGACAAGCGUGACAACACUGAGUUUGAUUUGCUCACUGUCAAUGAGACAUCUGUUGAGCCUCCAGCAGAUGAUGGGAACUCCAUCAACUCCCCACGUAAUCUUGCUCUCGAGGCCACCUUCAUUAAUCAUAACUUCAGCCAGCAAGUGCUGAAGUCUGGGCCAAAUGAGCCAAAAUACAAGUUUCCGGAGGCGAAUCCAUUUGUCUCUGAGGAAGAAGAGGGCGAAGUAGCUUCCGUAGGUUAUCGUUACCGCAAGUGGAACCUUAAUAAUGGCGUGGUGCUGAUAGCCCGUUGCGAGCACGACGCGGUAAUGCAGGGCCCUCAGAACGAGACCCAGUUCCUGUCCAUCAAGGCGCUGAACGAGUGGGACUCGAAGGUGGCCAACGGGGUGGAGUGGCGUCAGAAGCUGGACACGCAGCGGGGCGCCGUGUUGGCCAACGAACUGAGGAACAACUCGUGCAAGCUCGCCAAGUGGACCGUUCAAGCCCUGUUGGCCGGCUCCGACCAGAUCAAGUUCGGCUACGUGUCGCGCGCUCAAGUGCGGGACAACUCGCGCCACGUGAUACUCGGCACGCAGCAGUUCAAGCCGCACGAGUUCGCCGCCCAGAUCAACCUGUCCAUGGACAACGCCUGGGGCAUCCUGCGCUGCAUCAUCGACAUAUGCAUGAAGCAGAAGGACGGCAAAUACCUCAUCAUGAAGGACCCCAACAAGCCCCUUAUCCGCCUCUACGACAUUCCGGACAACACAUUUGAGUCGGACGCGUCGGAGGAAAGCGGCGACGAGCCAGCAGACACCCCCUUCGCACCUUUAUACUCUUACGGGAACUCGAAGAGGAUU